GCCAUCUCCUUGUACCAUUCGAGCUACAACAGGGUCAGUAUAGACUUCAUUUAGAUGUUAAGUAUGGUAAAUUGUCAACAGUUAUUAAAUGUUAUAAGUAAUAUUGACAGAGUGAACGUUCCAUAACCAUCAGUUUUAUGUUAAGGAUGGUGGUGUCACUCGAUCAGAUCAUAAAUACCACUCCUAUUCUGUUGCCACUUGAACUGCUAGCAACAGGGUUCAACGUUAUCUCAUCUGUUUUAUGCCAUUGGCUACUUCAGCUACCUAGCUAGGUAAAUAGCAAUGAUUCAUUCCGUGUCGUGACAGGAAUACCUAUAUUUAGUUAGUCGGGUUUUUCUCUCACGCUUUCCCCUUAACCCCCAACACAAUUGUAAAACGUUAAAAUUGUUCGCAACUGAAAAAGCCAAGGAGAAGGGGAGUUAACGAUUUUCCGUGGAAACCGACAGCCAGACGGUUGCCAUGUCGACCUCAUCGCUACGGCGACAAGUGAAGAACAUUGUCCACAACUUCUCGGAGGCAGAGAUCAAGGUGCGGGAAGCGACGUCCAAUGACCCAUGGGGCCCCAGCAGCUCUCUGAUGUCAGAGAUUGCAGACCUGACCUACAACGUAGUGGCCUUCUCUGAGAUCAUGAGCAUGGUUUGGAAACGACUCAACGACCACGGCAAGAACUGGAGACACGUCUACAAGGCUAUGACUCUCAUGGAGUACCUCAUAAAGACGGGUUCAGAGCGCGUGGCUCAGCAGUGCAGAGAGAACAUCUACGCUGUCCAGACUCUCAAGGACUUCCAGUUCAUCGACAGAGACGGCAAGGACCAAGGGGUGAAUGUGCGGGAGAAGGCCAAACAGCUGGUAACACUGCUGAAGGACGAGGAGAGACUACGAGAGGAGAGGAUCCAUGCCCUCAAGACCAAAGAGAAGAUGGCACAGACCACCAGUGCCUCUUCGGCCCCCUCAGCUCCAGGUCUGGGGGGUGGAGCGCUGUCUCAGGGCUCUCACUCUGGAGGGGCGGACCCAGAGCAAGCGUGGCCACAGAGCUCCGGUGAGGAGGACCUGCAGCUGCAGUUGGCCCUGGCCAUGAGCAAGGAGGAGGCGGAACAGACUACUGUGGCCCCUCUGGAGGACGCAGAGCUCCGCUAUGCACUCACACUCAGCAAGGAAGUACAAGAACAGGAGGAGAGGCUGCGCAGGGGGGACGACCUGAGACUGCAGAUGGCCAUCGAGGAGAGCAGGAUGGAGAAGGCCAAGCCAGAGGAGAGUGCGUUAAUGGAGCUGAGUGCUGUUGACCCCUGGGGGGCUCCUGCUGCUGCCUCUGGGGGCUCUGCCGGCCCCUCACCCCCUCCCACAGUCCCCCUCCCAGCCCCCUCUGCCUCUGGCCCCUGGGGCCUGGCCCCUGCAGACCCUUGGGGAGCCUCGUCGCCUGCCUCACCCCCCAGCGUAGACCCGUGGGCUAGUGGAGGGACGGCUCCCCCAACGAUAGCCCCCCCGCCAGACCCCUGGGGAGAAACAGCCUCCUCAAGAGUCAACUCAGUUGACCCCUGGGGACCCUCAGCUGUGACCCCCCCCAGUGUCGACCCCUGGGGCCCCUCUGUGCCCCUCUCCACCACCUCCUCUUUUGGGGGGCCAAUAGACCCCUGGGCUGGGGACGGGGUUGACCCCAUCAUCACCUCUGACCCAUGGAGCGACUCCGCCAAACACACUAAUGGCACAGGACACCCAGAACUGCGAGGUCAGUUAACGGGCGAUAGUGCGGGUUCUCCGGUGCCCUUUGACCUCACAUCUCUGUGCUCUUCACUUCCUGUCCGUAAGACCCCCGAGUCGUUCCUGGGGCCCAACGCAUCUCUGGUGGACCUGGACUCACUGGUGUCUUCUAAACCCAAACCUAAACAACCUCCUCCUCCAUCAAUCUCCUCCUCAACACACAACCCCUUCCUCCAGACUACAGCCUCGUCUUCAGCCCCUGGCAUGGCAGUCACCCCGGGCAGCACAAUCUCCAGCAGGGGGGUUUCCCCGACGCCACCCCCCACCUCCAACCCGUUUGGCGCGGCCGCCCCCAUGUCCUCCAUCUCCCCACAGCCCUCCACACUGGGUCUCAGCAGCCUCCGCACCAGCCCUGUACCACCCAACCCCAUGGCAUACCCUGGCAUGGGCUUGGGGCCUAUGGGUAUGGGAGCACAAGGCCUGGGGAUGGGUAUGAUGCAGAGCCCCAUGGGAAUGUCCCCCUACGGCGGGCUCUCGCCCAUGGGUCCUCCUGGGUCCUCUCACUUCAUGGGGCCCGGAGGGACCCUGCCCCCACAGCUGAAUUUUGGGGGGCCUACGGGGGCAGCUGGAGUGAUGGGAGCCGGGGGAGCAGUGGGAGGGGCCGGAGUGACGGGCGCCAGCACCAAUCCCUUUCUUCUUUGAGGACGUUUCGGCACUCCCCCUUCCUCUUCAACACCCAAUCCAGGCCCUGCCCCACCCCCUGGCUCAUCUACUGCCCCCCUUCCCCCAGAGCGAUCCUCCUUCAACACAAACAAUUUAUGUUUCCAAUAAGAAACGUGUGUACAUCUCUAUAUUUAAAGAAAAUCUGAAUUUGUUAUUUUCUUUCAGAAGCAUUUACAUGUAUUUUUCUCCUAGCUCAGAUGAAUUUCAACAACAAAUAUUUUGGUUCCUUUCAUUUUAGUGGGAUGUAGCGGGAGGGAAAUAGACGUUUAUUUAUUUUUAUUUCGUUUAAAUGCAUUUUGCUUUCUUUCAGUCCACUUUUAUUGGGUGGGUGUUUGAGAGUUAGGCUUCAUCAGUUAUGUCACACUGAUAUAAUAUUGUAUUAUUGCACUGACAGAGAUGGGGAGAGAGAUGGGACAUGGCCACUAACAAACUGAAACACAAACAAAUUCCUGUACUUGCCUCUUCCUUUCUUUGUCUGAAAAGAGGAGGAUUUUAUAAAAAAAACUCCUGAACAAGAUUUGGAGUGAAAAAGCUGGCAUUAACAUUUCAGCCACAAUAUAGUCCAAACAUUCAAUAGCUGUUCUAUUUUUUAUUUCAUGUCAUUUCUAUUUUUUUCUGCUCCUGGGAAUGAAUAAACAAGGGGGGGAAAUUACGCAAUUAUGCCAUUAAAACAAAUGCUUAUUUUGUCUUGUCAUGGAAAUCAAAAGAGGGCAUCUAUUGAAUUGGUUGAGGAGAGCUGGAAUGUGUUUUGUAAAUGUGUUGUGUGGAAGAGGAUGGGUGUGUGUGUGUGUGUGUGUGUGUGUGUGUGUGUGUGAAUGUGUCUCUGUCUCCAUUCAUCCUGCGUCCUCGUUUAUUUCAGCAAGAUACAAAUCUAUUAUUUUUGUUUUUAAAAAUUGUCACUUGUAUCAAUGCUAUGUAAUGUUGGGAUUUCAAAUGAGGUAUUAUAAGGAUCACAUUUUUCUGCCAAUUUUAUUUCACAAAUGUUUUGUAUUAAUCAGAAGCAUUAGUCUUUCUCACUCUUUCAUACAGGAUGUCUCGUCUCCAGGUGUCUCGACAUGACUGGACCCUGUCCUUUCUGACCCUCGAUGACUGGACCCUGUCCUUUCUGACCCUCGAUGACUGGACCCUGUCCUUUCUGACCCUCGCUCCUACGGGGGGAGAGCUGCAGAUGCUUCUUUUAAAAAGACAAUUCAAUGAAUGAACCAACUUAAACAACAGGGGACUUGAUGACAUGCUCCAUGCUGUUUCUUUUCAUUUAGUUUGAUGAAUUGAUUGUUAUUUUAUAUCAACUAAAAGAUCUCUUUUAUUGGGUAAGGUCACAUUUUGUGUGGUGUUAACUGUGAACAUUCACAUUUGAGAAGUAAAAGAAAUUUAAAAAAGACAUUUUAAGAAAUAAAAUAAAUCCACAAAGGGUACGUUUCUUUACAUUA